AUGGGAGCUAGGAUUGUUUGUCGAGAUCAAGAGGGGGACAUUCUAUUCUCUGCUUGUAUGACACAGUCAAGUGCUAUGAUAGCAAGCCAAGCAGAAGCUGUGGCCUUGUGGAAAACAAUGAAGUUAUGUGAUGAUUUACAGGUGGGAGAAGCUGAGCUAGAAGGUGAUGCUUUAUGCAUUGUCAAAGCAGUUAAUAGUAAAGAUGAGAGUUGGGAAUGGGGAGGCCAAAUAAUUAAAGACAUAAGGGGGAUGCUAAACAACAGACCCCAAUGGUAUGUUAAUCAUAUACGAAGGGAGGCAAAUAAGGCUGCAAAUUACUUAGCAAAAAUUGCUUUGAUAAUAGAUGAAGACUUAGUUUGGAUGGAAGAUGGCCUUGAGAGUCUGUAUAGUUUGAUUUUACAAGACAAAAUUGUAAUUCGUUCUUCUUAA